AUGCCGCCGCUCCUGCCGUUCUCAGCAGCGGCUGCUGUUGCGUCAUCGUCGACUUUCGCAGGAGUCGCCGGUGCAGGGUCGCGGAGCGGCGUGGCGUGCGGGGAGCAGCUGGCGGAGGGAUUGGACUCGUCGCCUUCUGCUCCCGCUGAACAUUUUUUUGAGCAGCCGUCAGGGCAGUUGGAGCAGAUACGGAGGGGAUUGAAGGAGGCUGAGCGGAGCAGGGCAGCAGAGUUGGUGCUACUACGAGGCGAGCUGGUGACUGUAAGGGGGGAGUUGCUAACAACAAGGGGGGAGCUUGCGACAGUGAUAAGGCAGUUGGAUACAUUGAAAGAGACUUUAGAAACGAGAAAGUUUUUGGAUGAUGAGGAGGAGGAGGAUGAGGAGGAGGAGGAGGAGGAGGAGGAGGAGGUGAAGGAGCUGGGUAAAGGAGUGAUUUUCGAUGCUGCAGCAGAGGUGCAGUCCCCAGCACUAAAGCAUGUGGAGUUUGACGUGGAAGAGGAGCUCAGGAUGCGGAAAGGGGCUUAUAAAACGGUUUGGCAGAGGAUUCAUGCGACCACUACACUGGAUCUGAAGGGACUGCCUUACCUUUCAGAAGCCAUCCUCUACCAUGUGUCCACCAUGACUCACCUCAAGCACAUUGCUCUCGACGGGUCAACAGGGUUCAGCCCAGAGGGUAUCAAGCACCUUUAUAUGAAGCAGCUCGAGAGCUUAGAGCUGACCAGCGAUGCUAUUACAGACAGUUGCUUGGAAGGCAUUGGGGCUGCAAGCAGCCUCAGGUCUCUUAAUCUCAAGGGGACCCAUGUGACAGAUGCUGGUUUGGAGUUUCUGGCACCUUUGAGCUGGUUGAAAGUGCUCGUUCUUCCAGGCAUGAUCACUGAUGCUGGCCUGGAGCACAUCCGGAGUCUUCCUGCUUUGGAAGAGUUGGAUAUAUCGGAUUCUGUACUUACAGAGGAGAGUGUGGCACUUCUCCACAAGUUUCCUCGUUUGAGGCUAAUUAAAGCGGAAGGUCGCGACUCGCGUGCACUCGUGCUGAGAAAGUUUCCUGGAGUGGAGCUGGGGUAG